AUGGGCAAGACUGGAGUUCGAACGGCCAAUAAGGUCAGCUUUGACAAGCCGGCUUCCGAACAGCCUGGUCUACAUAACAGAUGGCACCCUGAAAUCCCCUUCGCCGGAACAAUCAAGGAUGGCGAAACGGUCAAGAUCGAGUGUGUCGACUGGACCGGUGGUCAAAUCGGCAACAACGACUCCGCAGACGAUAUGCUCAAUGUCGAUCUGACCAAGAUCCAUUACCUCAGCGGUCCCUUCGAGGUCGAAGGCGCCCAGCCAGGCGACCUUCUGCUCGUCGAAAUCAUGGACGUCCAGCCGUUCGAGGACCAGCCGUGGGGAUUCACCGGCGUGUUCGACAAGAACAACGGCGGCGGCUUCCUGGACGAGUUCUAUCCCACCGCAGCUAAGGCCAUCUGGGACUUUGAGGGAAUCUAUUGCACCUCGCGCCACAUUCCCGGCGUCAAGUUUGCGGGCCUAAUCCACCCGGGCAUCCUCGGUUGUGCGCCCUCCGCCGAGGUUCUUGACAUAUGGAAUACGCGCGAAGGCGAGCUCAUCAGUGCCAACAAGCUCGACCGAGACGUCGCGAAGCCUCCGGAGCCCAUCAAUGUGCACGCCGGGGCUGCCGACGAUGCUGUGAAGGAGAGGGUUGGAAAGGAGGGCGCCAGAACGAUCCCAGGACGGCCUGAGCACGGAGGAAACUGCGACAUCAAGAAUCUGAGCAGGGGAAGCAAGGUAUAUCUCCCGGUUCACGUCGCGGGCGCGAAGUUCAGCGUGGGGGAUUUGCACUUUUCUCAGGGCGACGGGGAAAUAUCCUUCUGCGGCGCCAUCGAAAUGGCGGGAGUCAUCACGAUCAACUUCAAGGUCAUCAAAAACGGCGUGGCGGAUCUGGGUCUCAAGUCGCCCAUCUACAUCCCGGGGCCCGUCGAGCCCCAGUUCGGACCGGGACGACAAAUCUACUUUGAGGGGUUCUCCGUCGAUCAGCACGGCAAGCAGCACUACAUGGAUGUCACCGUCGCAUAUCGCCAGACGUGUCUUCGCGUCAUCGAAUACCUUCGCCGCUUCGGUUACAGUGAUUACCAGGCGUACCUUCUCAUGUCGUGCGCACCGAUCCAGGGUCACGUGGCUGGCAUUGUCGACAUUCCCAACGCCUGCACGACCAUCGGGUUGCCGAUGGACAUCUUCGACUUUGACAUCUCGCCGGCUGCUGGCAAGGUUGAAAAGCGUGAUUUGGGCAACUGCGUGUUCGCCACGGGGGUCACGGAAGGCAAGAUUACGCAGGGCGGGGAGAACAGUGAGCAUAGCUACGGUGGCGGGCUGACGUAUAAGAAGUCGGUCGUGGAGGAUGUCAAGGAUAAAGUCAUGGGAGGUGUUUGA